AUGGCCGCUUCCUGCUUGCCCCCAGUGACACUAACGCUAAAACAGUUCAUAAGAAGGCAACAGGUGCUCCUCCUGUACAGAAGGAUUUUGCAAGCAAUCCGGCAGGUUCCAAACGAUUCUGAUCGUAAAUAUCUGAAGGAUUGGGCAAGGGAAGAAUUCAAAAGAAACAAAAGCGCCACGGAAGAGGAUACAAUCCGGAUGAUGAUAACUCAAGGCAACAUGCAGCUCAAGGAGUUAGAAAAAACACUUGCUUUAGCAAAAUCUUAA